AAUUAAUUGAUCCAAAGCAUGGAUACAUACUUAUAUAUUUUAACAUAUUAUCUUAAACUAGUACAUACAAUAUUGGUAAAUGUCUGAAACCACUGGUACAUGUUAUAAAUCAUGUUGUAUUUCAAAACGAUUAGAUGGGAAGUUAGCUAUUGUCACUGGAUCGAACACUGGUAUCGGAUUAGUGACAGCUGGUGAAUUAGCUCGUCGUGGUGCUCGUGUGAUCAUGGCAUGUCGAAAUAUAGGUAAAGCUGAAGAUGCCAAAAAUAAUUUAUUGGAGAAAUACGGUGCCAAUAAUCCACAGAGUGUGAACAUUGAUGUAGCAUGUAAACAAGUGAUCUCAUCGUUGAGUCCAAUCUACAGUGAUCAACUCAUCAUUGAACAACUUGAUUUGGCUUCUCUACAAUCAAUCAGAGAAUUUGCCAGACGUAUAAUAAUCACAUAUCCAGAACUUCAUUUUCUUAUUAACAAUGCCGGUCUUACAGUUGGUAAAUAUGAGAAAACUGUUGAUGGUUUUGAAAUGACAAUGGGUGUUAAUCAUUUUGGAACAUUCCUACUAACGGAAUUAUUAUUACCUUUGAUAAAACGUUCAACUCCAUCUAAAAUCAUUAAUCUAUCAUCAAUGGCACAUUAUAAAGGUCGUUUAAUUAAACCAGAUUUACAGUUAAAAGAGAAUGAAUAUAAUCAGUUAAAUGCAUAUUGUGAUUCAAAGUUAGCCAAUGCAAUGCAUGCUGCUGAAUUAGGUGAUAGACUUCAGGACAGUGGAAUAACUGUUGUUAGUGUACACCCUGGUGCUGUAAAAACUGAUCUAGAUAGAGAUGUAAAAAGUUGUUUAAUGAAAUGUUUCAUUAAAGCAAUAAAGCCAUUCUUUAUUGGUCCAUGGAAAGGAGCACAAACUACAUUGUACACAGUGUUGUCAGACAACAUUAUCUCUGGUGGUUACUAUUCAAAUUGUUCAUUGAAAGAACCGUUAACAAUUGUCAAGAAUAAAGAUGAAAGAAAAUGGUUUUGGAACAAGACAUGUGAACUAUUAAGAAUCGAAAAUACAACAUAGACAAUUGUUACUUUUGACAAAAUCAAGAGUUUAUUUCACAUUUCUAAACUAAUGAUUUUGUUGGUAUUUUCGUUUAAAAGUUGAAAAUGCAUAAAACAAUUUCGAUUAUUCAGGUGGACAUGUUAAGGCUAGUUAUGAAUGAAACAAAUAUACACAUACAUGAAUAUAUAAUAUGCUUAAUUAUCUAUCAAUAUCAGUAGUUUCAAUAAAUAUAGAUGGAACACUUACUAGUGAAUACCAGUGAAUGAACCAGGAAGUAUCGGUUCAUCUGUGGUCUACUCUCUCUCUCUCUCUCCCUCUUUCAUUCUACUUAACCAACCAAACCAACAGGAAAUGAGUUUUGUAAUGCAUAAGAAUCAAAAUGAAAUGUGAAUGCAUCACAGUUUGUUAGAUGUUCGACCGUUAACAACUAGUCUUUCAUACAAAAUCAACAUGCCAUAUUCAUUCAUCCACUCAUUCAUAACAUGGGCGAUGUAAUAAAUGUUACUACCAUCCAAUGAUUAAUCCAUGUAGUUUAAUUCUCUGACUGAUUGUAAAUGCGAUUUAAUGAAAAUGUCAAACCACUGUCAGAUGAGACUAAGUCACACCGUAUUUUCGUUUAUUUAAUUCACUUACAUCAAAUGUGAGCGUCUCCUAGUCUGAAGCUGGUCAGCUUACCGAAUUGUGAGUAACUGGCAUGGACAAAUAUAUACAGGUGAUAGAACAAAUAGAAGGAUUAAACUAAUCUAUCUGUUCGAAUGUUAGAACAAAUCACGUAAGCGUGUGAUAACAGAGAUUUACUAUCGAAUAUUCAACCAAUAACUAAUCAACGAAUGUCAAUUCAUUUCAUAAACAGCCUUAUCAGAUUGACAGAAUGGUUUCAUCACAAAUAAGACUACGUUGUGAAAACAUUCAUACAAUACAUGAUUAAUCUCCAGUGAAUUAUUUGUCCACGAUCAUAACGUUUAUUCA